UCGAUUUUGUGAUUUCACCUAAUAAAUAUGAAUCGUAUAUUAACUGUUGUUAAUUUAUGUGUCUUUUUUAAUGUUCUAAAUAUUGUUAAUUGUGAUCAAGUUGAUGUUAUAUUUACGUUUAAAGAAUAUCCAUAUAAAGACUCUCCCAAAAAUGAAAUGACAUUCCGUGAAUUCGAAACAGCAUGCGAACAAAGUGCUGCUUGUAAUCAAUUAAGUGGGUUAACUAGGACCCGUUGCGUUCGUGAAUGUGUAUCACCGUCGUGUUAUAAAGAGUUGUACUCCUUAGAUCCAUUGGAAGAAGGUGAAAUUGAUGUUCGUCUUAAUUCAUUCAAGGGGUGCUUCGUUCAAAGAAGCGGAAGGACGCGAAACUGAUUCCGUUCCAAUAUUAUAACUUCCUUUAUCUUUUGUGUUAAAAAAAUUCACAAAAUAAGACGAAAAGUCGUGUUCUUACUUACUGUUAUAACUGUUCAACGUAAGGUACUAUUAAGGAAGUUAUUGGAGCAGCGAUUUAGUCGAAAAUUAACAUGAUGGAAAAUAAAAUUUAAGAAACUUGAAGAAACAAC